GCUCCCUGAAUCCACCGCUUACGGAGCUGUCCCCCUGCAGAAGCAGGGAGCCCCUGGAGGUUCUGGAGCAGAGAAGGGGUGGUGUCCGGUAGCCUCCAAGCAGCGUGGCUGGGGACCGGGCUGUGUCCGUUUCUCCUGCAAAUCCCAGCGCCUGGGCCAGGAAAACGCUACAGACUUUGCCCAUCCCACAUCGGAGGCGUAAUCUCCGGGGCCAGUCUCAGUCUUCAAUUGCCAGCGAAAGGCGCGAGGGACUGGAUCUCCUGGCGAAGGGGCGACGCUGCCCGAGACCCGCGACGCUCCCGCAUCUGCGGCGCGGGGCGUGGCCGCCAGAUGCCGCUGUGUCGCCCGCGCCGCUCCGCCCUGUACCCCGCCCGCUCCGGGGAAAGCUGGGCGGCGCCGGCGGCGAGGGAUGGAACGGACCACUGAGAGCGGGGACGGGGGAGGACGGGCGGGGCUCCGGCUUGCGGUACCAGCGGCCUCUGGCAGAUCCUCCCUCAGCCGGCUUCCGGAGGUGGUUCGCUCCGGCAGCGAGGCGCUCAGCGGUUCCCAGGCGGGCCGGCUGGGCGCAGGCACCGGCGUAGCGGGCUUCAGCUCCGCGCUCACAGUCCGCACCAGCGCCGAGGGUUCCGCCGCAUUCCGCUGCCGCCACCGCUGCCGAGGCGAUGCUGGGGCUACUCGUGGCGGUGCUGGCCCUGUCGCUCGCCUACUUCGCGCUGCUGGAUGGCUGGUACCUGGUGCGCGUGCCGUGCGCCGUCCUGCGAGCGCGCCUGCUGCAGCCUCGCGUCCGUGACCUGCUGGCUGAGCAGAGCUAUGCGGGCCGCGUGCUGCCCUCGGACUUGGACCUGCUGCUGCACAUGAACAACGCGCGCUACCUGCGUGAGGCCGACGUGGCGCGCGCCGCUCAUCUGGCCCGCUGCGGUGUGCUCGGAGCGCUGCGCGCCCUCGGGGCGCGCGCCGUGCUGGCCGCGUCGUGUGCGCGCUACCGCCGCUCUCUGCGCCUGCUCGAGCCGUUCGAGGUGCGCACCCGCUUGCUGGGCUGGGACGACCGCGCUUUCUACCUGGAGGCGCGUUUCAUCAGCCUGCGCGACGGCUUCGUGUGCGCGCUGCUGCGCUCCCGCCAGCACGUGCUGGGCACCUCGCCGGAGCGCGUUGUGCAGCACCUGUGCAAGCACAGGGUGGAGCCCCCUGAGCUGCCGGAAGAUCUGCAGCACUGGAUCGCCUACAAUGAGGCCAGCAGCCAGCUGCUCCGGGCCGAGAGUGGGCUCAGUGACGUCGGCAAGGACCAGUGACCACGGUGGCCCACCUGCCCUGCCCAGCAGCCUUGACCUGGGGGCACUUGCCCGCUUCCCUGCUUGCCAGGGGGCAGCGAGUGCGGGAUGGGCUGCCCGGGCUGGGCUCUCUCCGAGCUGAAGUGGCCUUGCGACAAGCCCAGCCCAGCUCCUUCACAGCUCAGGACCCUCCCCCCCUGGCCCCCUUACUGAUGCCCCUCUCUGCCCCACCCCAUGCCAAGCAGGGGAUGGGGGUAGCACAGGUACCCAGACCAGCUCUGCCCUCAGGGUGGUGAUGAUGGGCAAACUGGGUGGCCCAGGGCCCUGGUGAGCCAGCUGCGGGGGUUGGGGGGUGCUGGUGGCGGCCUGCCCUGCAGGUGAAGCCAGGCUUGAGUCGGGAGCAAACGCAGAGCAGGGAACCAGCUCGAGUUACCCUGAGCACCGGAGCUUGAAGCCCAAGCCGCUGUGGGGGUGAGGUCAGAGCUGUCCUGGGGGCAGGGCUGGGGUCUGGGGUCUGAUCCGGGCACAGGGAGCCAGGAAGGGUCAGCAUUUGUGUGCGGCUCCUCUGGCUGCAGUUGAAGGUGGGUCAGGGCACAUCCACUGAAGGGCACUCAGGAGGGGUGGGCCCGCGGGCAGGGCCAGGGCAGGGCGGCCCGCAUGGGGGGCUCGUGGAGGGGGCCAGCUCCUGCAGCUGGGGGUGUCCCGUGGGAGUGGGGUUCUGCCUGGGUGCCACCCAUCCGCACCCCUCAGUGCCCACAUGCCCUGCUCUGUGACCUGGGUGGGGGCUGCCCUCUCUGAGCCUGUCGCCCUUGGCUGUCAGCCUGUCGCGGGCUGGCCUUGCCUGGCGUCCUGCUUGCUGCUGAUUUUCUUGCUUCCUGCUCUAAGAGCUGCCUCCCUCAAGGGGCUGAGGCUGGGGAGGGGUCUUCUUGGCUUUGCUUGAGCGGCUCUGUCCUGGCAGUUGCUCUUGAGGCUGCCUGAUGGGGUCACGCCCCUGCUGGGACAGCGGGGCGAGGCCUCCCAGGGCUGCCUAGUCCUCACCCUGGGGAGAGGCAGGGGCUGCGGGCCAAGCGAGGGGCCCAGUCCCUGGAGGCUGGGGACCAAGGCCAGGGCUCUGCCUGUGAGAUUGCUGUUUGCUUGUGGGCGCGUGUGCAUGCGCGUGUGAGCGUGCAUGCGUCUGUGUGUGUGUGUGGGGGGGGGUGCCGCCUGCCCGCGCGCUUGCUGCUGCCCCCCACAGCCCGUGGGCAGACCAGAGUAGCUAGGGCCAGGAACUGCCCCCUCGUCGCCCCAUCCGGGCUCCCCCUGCCAGCAGGAGCCAGGAGUACAGCUCACCCCUGAUUUGUCGCUGCCCCCGCGCCGUCGCCUGUGUUACAGCCGCCUUGGGGAAGCUGCGGUGUUUCUGUCUAUUUAAAGAAAGCCCAAGAUUAAAGGGUCUUCGAUGCGAA